AUGCUUCCACGGAUAGUAGUUUUGUUUAUUUUCCUCGUCCAGAAUGUAGUGGUUGGAUAUGCGAGUCAAGGCUCAAGCGGGCAUAGAUGCUAUAGUUGUAUGUCACGAUACUACGGUGUUACAUGGCAAUUCGCUGGCUAUUCACGGAUUUACGUUGAGCCAAGGGCGUUCACCGAUGCAUGCAGAAAUCCACGUGGACGUAGUGUUGACGUACCGUUCGCGUACUGUGAGGACAGCUCGAAUUGUAUUACAAUAGUGGAGGAUUUGAGAAUUGGUACCGGUGCUCGUGGAUUCAUUCGAGGCUGUUAUUCCUCGUUAUUUCUUGUGGGAUUCAAUCGUACCGGAUCCGCUGGAGCGUUAGCCACACAUUCAUUCUGUCAUACGUUCAAUCUCACACAACUCAUUAAUAGAGGACAUCCUCAGGAAAGUAGCAUGAGUGUCUGCUCAUGUCGUGGCUCACUUUGCAAUGGAGAUGUUCAAUCAUCCGUAUGUUCUUCGGAUUACUGUAGUUUAUUAAUGCUCUACUUAUUGGCACUAGUAAUUUUGUAG